GUAAGAUUUUAUAGUAAUCAACUAGAAGGGUACAUUGGUCUUCAAACAAUAUUUCUUCUUCCCUUAAUUUGUCUUCUCCUUCUUCUUCUUUUUCUUAUUCUUCUCUGUUUCUAUGAUAACUAUAUAAAUCAACCAUCUCUUUGAUAUCUCUUCCUAACUUAUUCUUAAUGGAUGAAGUAAGUGAAUCAGGAGAAGAGCUUGUGAGAGAGCUUUUAGACAAUGAGUCUCCCUUCUUUGUCUCUUCGAAUGCGAUGAUGGUCGACGAUAUGAAUAGAGAAAGCAUCAUCAACAAGCUUAUCUCUACCGUUUACUCCGGACCAACCAUUGGUGACAUUGAGAGUGCUCUCUCCAUCAAUGGUCCUAGACCAGUAGUUUCGAUGCCGGAGAAAGGAAUGGGAAAGAUGGAGAAUAAGUACACAUUGAAGAUCAAAAGUUGCGGAAGUGCCGGCCUUGCAGAUGAUGGAUACAAAUGGAGAAAGUAUGGACAAAAGACUAUCAAGAACAGUCCUAAUCCAAGGAGUUAUUACAGAUGCACCAACCCACGUUGCAAUGCCAAGAAACAAGUCGAAAGAUCAAUAGACGAUCCGGAAACUCUCAUCGUCACAUAUGAAGGACUUCAUCUCCAUUAUGCGUAUUCGCACAUCCUCUCGCCGGUGCCUCAGCAAUUCCCUAUGAAGAAAACAAAGAUUCAAAUAAACAAUGUAUCAGAAUUGGGACAACAACUAGAACAACAACAAUUACAGCAGCAACAGAAUACGGCGAUCAUCGAUGUUGAUCAUGUUAUGGAAAGCCCUCAAGGGUUGUUGGAAGACAUUGUUCCAUUGCUUGUUAGGAAGCCUUGUUUUUCGAAUACUAAUACUUCUUCUUCUUCUCAAGCUUCAUCGCCUUCUUAUUCGUCGUCACUUUCGUGGUCUCCAAGCGUACUCUCCAGCAUUAUUUGAGUGUCGACAAGUGAAAUUAAUAAGCGAUAAAUAUAUAGUUUUAUGUACUAAGCAUUAUGCAGAAUUCAAAUGUAAAAUAUACCAAUGAUUUUCUAUGGAUUGAGAACUGUUAUGCAUGGAUUUGGACAAAUUGGAGGCAUGUUCAAUCAUGUUAAAAGGAAAAGGGACCCUUUAAUAAUAAAUGAAAGCAGUUGUUUGUUAA